UGUCCUGCCGUCCCGAGCGAGCGAGCGGCGCAGUGUGAGGCGGGUGCGGUAUGAGGGGGAGACCCGGCGGUGAGGGAACUCCUUGUGCUGCGCGAGGCCGGGGCUCGGGGCCUGGUGUCGGAUGAAAGGCGUCAGGCGCGGGUGAAAGUGACUCUCACGGUAUUUUAUACUAGAUAAGCAGCCUUAAGUCAUCGGGCAUGGGAGCAUCAACAUCAAAAUUACCUGAGAGCGUACAGGCAGCUUCUGCCACUGCUGCACCAGAGGCAGCAUCCCCACCGUUGGAAUGCCCCAUGCAUCAAGCCAAGAAGGAAGCAGCUUCUCCUCCGUCAGACUGUCCAAUGCAUCAGGCGGCUGCAUCACCUACAUCAGCGUCUUCUUCCUUGCCCAAACAUCAAGAAAGGGCAUAUGAAUAUGUGCAGUGUCCCAUGAAAGGAGGAACAAACUCAAAAACUGAAGAUGAUAUUGACCCCAGUAAUAUGAUGCCGCCACCUAAUCAACAGCCAGCACCAGACCAGCCAUUUCCACUUUCUGUUAACAGAGAGGAGUCUCAUAUUCCUAUGGCUAAUUCAGAGAAAUAUUGGGUAUAUCCAUCUGAGCAAAUGUUUUGGAAUGCAAUGCUUCGGAAAGGAUGGCGCUGGCGUAAUGAAGACAUUUCAUCUAAAGAUAUGACCAACAUUAUUAACAUCCACAAUAGCAACAAUGAACAAGCAUGGCAAGAAAUUCUCAAGUGGGAAGCUCUCCAUGCCAAAGAAUGCCCUUGUGGACCUGCACUUAUUCGUUUUGGAGGAAAGGCUAAAGAAUAUUCACCAAGAGCCCGGAUUCGUUCUUGGAUGGGUUAUGAGCUGCCAUUUGAUCGACAUGACUGGAUUGUGAACCGUUGUGGAAAAGAGGUACGAUAUGUGAUUGACUAUUAUGAUGGAGGUGAAGUUGACAAGACGACAUACAAGUUCACAAUUCUAGAUGUACGUCCGGCUUUCGAUUCUCUCACUGCAGUUUGGGACAGAAUGAAAGUGGCGUGGUGGCGUUGGACUUCAUAAGAAUCAUUGUAUUUUGAGCAAUAGUAUUUAUUAUACAUAAUAUCCUGUGAAUAUCUUGUUAAAGGGUUACUUUUUAAAGCUGAACUGUAUAGCGACCAGAAAAGCUAUAUGAACUACAUUUGAAUGUCCAGAUAUCAUGUGCUCAAAGUAUAAUGCUGACAAUAAUUAAAAUGAUUUACAGUAAAAAAAGAUGUACAGUCCAUAUGACCAUGUGAUAUGUAUAAUUUAUGCUGGAAGAUUACAUUUGACAUUAAUAAUCCUCGCUAUAAUAAAUUGGAUGUGUAGGUAUUGGAAUUUGGCAUCUUCCAUUUUAUUGUGAAGAUACUUAAGGAAAACAUUGUGGUCCAGGGAACUAUUUUGUGAAUGUUACCUUUUUGCCUCCAGUUUGUCAGGUGAAAAAAUCCAAGUCAGUCUUUCAGUUUUGUCAGUCUUCAUCCUACUCAGUUCUAAAAUCUUGCCCAAGUUAAACAGUCAUGGUACCAUACUUUCUCAUCCUCACCUCUAAUUCAGUUUUAAUUCAAUUUUUUUUUCUAAUUGGAACAUUUAUUGUGUUGUGCGCCAGGCUUGACUUUAUUUGUUACGUUCUAAAUGUAUUUUAAUGACACUGCUGCUGUAGUGUUGUAGAUAACUUAUGUUGAGAUGUUUGAGAGCUUGGUGUAAUUUCUCUAUAGGAAUAAGAUUUCAUUAUAGAAAUGUCUGGAAUUUUAACAUUUCUGAUGUUUCUCGUGUUCUAACACUGUUAAGCAAGUUUUGAUUGUGAGAACAUGGCAACUGAAUUAUGUACAUAAUACUCUUUCUCUCAAUAUUGUAAACCAAAAUAUUUUGUGGCAUAAACAAACUUGCACAGCUGCAAUAAAAUUGUUUCUUUUUUUAAAAAAAA